AUCCUCUGGUCACAGCGUGACAGGUAGAAGUCUGUGCGCCCUUCUGGCUGGACACAGACUAACACAAGUGAUAUUUGGGAGAGAAAAGGGGGUUGAGUGCUCAGCACACAGCAGCUCUGUGCUUUGGAUUUGGUGGUUGGUUCUGGGACUACUCCCAGAGAAGUGAAGCUAGGGCUGCCAGAGGAAAGCAAGGCAAGUCGUUGCCAGGCAGCUCGCAAUCCAUGCGGCCCCAGCUGGGUCAGGCUGCCCAGAGGUUUCUUGUGGGAUGGCAGGAGGCUGCUGGCACAGAGACUGCAGAUGCCUACAAAUACAGUUCAAGGAAAGCAGCAUGGCAACAGCAUCACAGCAGCUGUGGUGAUGAUGGAAUGCUUACGGGGAAGAAGUUUUUCCUAAUGCCCAACCUGAGUAGUUGAAUUGUUACUGGUCCAAAUCAAGCGCUUUCCUUACAGUCUAUUUUUUGUUUUGGUUAAAGGAGAGAGGAAUAAUAAUAAUAAUAAAUUAGACUGAGUAGGGAGUGAGGAAUUACUCUUUUUAUUUUACACAUUUGAAGUAUCACUUAUAUUUUAUGUGAUCUUCCCAUAUUGACAUCAGCUAGAAGUGAAGAAUAUUUAUUUUUAAUUCAACCAAAGAACAGGCUCACUAGUAAAUGUAUCCACUAGGACUAGCAGACAUUUUGGUCCCCUAGUCCUAGGUAAUUCAGUAAAAUCAAUCUGCCAAUAUUCUCCAGGUGCUUGUCCCUCUGCUGUUUUUCUGAAUUGAAUCUUAUUCUGUUUUCAGGUUGGUUGGUUUGUUUUACAAUGUAUUUCACACCUUUCAGUAACUGACCUAACUCCCUCACCCCCUCUGAUUCAGCACUGUAAACAGGUAUUCUUUGUCCUAUGGUAAGAUUUCAUCCUGCUUCCAUUAGCAACACGGUUGCUGAGACUGCUCUCAGACACCCAGGCCAUCCUUGACCCACUGUGUCCAGUUGCUUGGAGAAAUAGGCCACUGCCCUGCCCUCUGCCAAGUGCAGGGUCGCCAACCACCAGACCAGGCUGCCCAGAGCCACAUCCAGCCUGGCCUUGAAUGCCUCCAGGGAUGGGGCAUCCACAACCUCCUUGGGCAACCUGUUCCAGGGUGUCACCACCCUCUGUGUGAAAAACUUCCUCCUCAUAUCUAACAUAAACUUCCCCUGUCUUACUUUAAAACCAUUUCCCCUUGUUCUUCAGUAAGAACAGUUAGGAAGGUAAAAUUCUCUUAAAUUGCUUUUGAUUGCUCCUUGAACUGCUAGUCUAUGAGACUUUCCAUCAGCUUUCUUAAGGGGCAAAACUGGGGGUGUUGUGCAUGUCACAUUCCCUUAAUAAACCAUGUUGAUAAUUUUUCUAUGAGAGGUACCAACCUCAUCUAAGCUUCUAAUUUUAUAGGAUAUUGUUUCAGCCUUACCCGUGCUGAUCCUGGCUUUUGGUCUCUUCUUACUGGCUCAGCACUCUUUGAUCUUCCAGGCACCUCCUCUGCUUGUACCAAAGGCACCACUGCAGCUUCCACUUCAGAGGCUGUCAAGAGUGGUCGGUGUCGAUAAUAAUCACUGCUCGGUGCAGUACAUGCGGACAAGCCAUAGAGCAAGCCAGAAGAACAGCAGAACAUGAACAAUCCACGGUCCAACUUCAGCUCAGCUUUUGGAUGUCCCAUUCAGAUCCCAAAGCAGAAUAGUAAUGUACCACCUUCCUUACCAGUACCUGUAGGAGUUUUUGGGGUGCCUCUGCCAUUAGGCUGCAGCAAUCAGAUGGCUUUCUGUGCUCCAGAACUGACUGACAGAAAGCCUGAGCAUGAGCAGAAAGUGUCCAAGAGGCUGAAUGACAGAGAAGAGGACAAGGAUGAGGCAGCAGCAUGCAGCUUGGACAACCAAUAUGACAGAAAGAUCCGACCUUGCAUUGAUCUUGUUGACAGCCUGAGAAAGCUUGAUAUAGGAAACGACCUGAUGUUGCCUGCAAUUGCAGUGAUUGGAGACCGGAACUCUGGGAAAAGCUCUGUCCUUGAAGCUUUGUCUGGUGUUGCUCUUCCUAGGGACAAAGGUGUCAUUACUCGCUGUCCUCUGGAACUUAAACUGAAAAAAAUGACAGCUCCGCAGGAAUGGAAAGGGGUAAUUUAUUACCGCAACACAGAAAUACAGCUCCAGAAUGCAUCAGAGGUGAAGAAAGCAAUAAGAAAAGCCCAAGAUAUAGUGGCUGGCACUAAUGGUAGCAUUACUGGAGAACUAAUUUCCCUUGAAAUCUGGUCUCCUGACGUCCCAGACCUGACACUAAUUGAUCUUCCUGGAAUUGCCAGAGAGGCCGUGGGGAACCAGCCACAAGAUAAUGGCCAACAGAUCAAAACACUACUUAAAAAAUAUAUUGGCUGCAAAGAGACAAUCAUUGUGGUAGUGGUACCAUGUAAUGUGGAUAUUGCAACAACAGAAGCGCUGAAAAUGGCUCAAGAGGUGGAUCCCACAGGAGAAAGGACGCUUGGGGUCCUCACUAAACCAGACCUAGUGAACGAAGGAACUGAAGAGACUGUCCUUAAGAUAAUACAAAACGAGGUCAUCCCACUCAGAAAAGGUUAUAUGAUUGUGAAAUGUUAUGGGCAAAUGGACUUCUGCAACGAAUUGUCCUUCACCUCCGCAAUCCAGCAAGAGAGAGAAUUCUUUGAGACUCACAAACAUUUCAGCACUCUUCUGGAUGAAAAUAAGGCUACUAUCCCACAUCUGGCAAAUAAGCUUACAGAUGAACUUGUGGGACGUAUUAUUAAAACUUUGCCUGCAAUAGAGAAGCAAGUACAUGAUGCACUGCAACAAGCAAAGAAGGAACUACAAAAGUACACACAAAGCACACACCCAACUGUCAGCGAUAAGACAAUUUUCCUUGUGGGGUUGAUCAAAGCGUUUAAUGAAGACAUCUCUCAGACAAUGCAUGGAAAGGAAUCCUGGUUUGGAAAUGAAAUCAGACUGUUUCCAAAAAUCCGCAGAGAGUUUCGGACAUGGGGAGUAAAGCUCCUGGAGAGCUCUGCCAAAGUUGAAGAAAUCGUAUGCAGUAAAUUGCCCAAAUAUGAAGACCAGUACCGCGGACGGGAGUUCCCAGACUUUAUCAGCUACUGGACAUUUGAGGACAUUAUAAAAGAGCAAAUUACGAAGCUGGAGGAGCCAGCUGUUGCGAUGCUGAACAAAGUGAUCUAUAUGGUUGAAGAGAAAUUUUUGCAGCUGGCUAACAAGCGUUUUGCUAAUUUUCAGAACUUAAACAACGCUGCUCAGGCCAGAAUUGGUUGCAUUAGUGACAGACAAGCAACGACUGCGAAAAAUUGCAUCCUGACUCAAUUUAAAAUGGAGAGAAUUAUAUACUGCCAGGAUAACAUCUACACAGAUGAUUUAAAAGCUGCCAGGGCAGAAGGCAUCAGCAAAGAUACAAAAAUCAAAGACCUUGCUUUUGGAUGUGCUUCACGUCAAUGUCCCAGCUUUGCCCUGGAAAUGGUUUCUCACGUAAAGGCCUAUUUCACUGGAGCAAGUAAACGCCUGAGCAAUCAGAUUCCUCUGAUCAUCCUCUCUACUGUCCUUCAUGACUUUGGAAAUUAUUUGCAGACCUCAAUGUUGCAUCUCUUGCAAGGAAAAGAAGAAAUAAACUAUUUACUCCAGGAAGAUCAUGAAGCUGCUAACCAGCAGAAGUUACUGACCAGCAGAAUUAGUCACCUCAACAAAGCCUACCAAUACCUGGUAGACUUUAAGUCUCUGUAGCUUUCUUCAUCUUUCAGAAGUAUUUUUCUGCUUUUGCUUUCUAGCAUUAAUGAGGAACUUUGCAAAAUCCUCCAUUAGCAGCAACCUUUAAUACCAGUUUCUAAAUUUUUCUAAUGAUUUAGUGGCCUAGUUGUCUUAUUUUCCAUAGUCUGAUAUGCCUACCCUUGUCAAAGCUGCACUUAUCACAGCAGUAGCUGUGAUGUUAUCCCACUUUCAAACAUUCAUUUUAUAAACUUUGUCUCCCAUACAUCAUUAAAAUAAUUUUUUUAAAAGCUUGA